AUGUGGAGAUAUCUAUGGUCCAGGAAUGAAGUUGCAGUGAAUGUCCCUAGAUAUCUAGGCGGAGACAAAGAAGAUUCUGUGGAUUUACAGAUCAAAUCAUUGAUGUAUAUGUUUGAGAGGUACAAGAUAUACAGCUUGGCGCCUUUCUUGAAGAUCACCGAAUCAGGUGCAUCCGAAUUAGAAUGGUUGUCAAACACUGAGAUUCCGUUACAUCCUGAUGUUAUUAUUAACGACAAACUAGACUCCGUCUAUGAGAUUGAACUAUUCCGAAGAACUUUAUUAGACGAUCCUUACAGAAUCCUCAUUGAUUAUUGUAAGAACCGUUUCAGAUCAUAUUUGAUACUAAGUGGUAAACCUAAAGAGUUUAAUCAUUUGCCAACCUUAACAAGUCCCGAUUUCCAGUUCACUAUUUUGAAACCCAACGCUUCCGAUAAAGAGUAUGUGAAUGUUCUUGUGAACAAAUCCGGGAUCUACAAAGAGCACAAGAUUAGCGAACAAACAAGAACAGAGAUUGUUAAAGAGAUACUUACAUCACAAAGGGCGGUCACUGGAAAGAGCGGUUUUGAUAAGAACGAUCGGGCCAAGAUCAUCAAGUUUUACGUCCAGAAGCUAGCAUUCCAUAUCCAGGUUGAAAGAAUCUACAAGGCGACUCUCAAAACUAAGGAGAAGUCACUACAGCCUCCACGUUUGAGCGCACCUGCUGUCAAUAGACAAAGAGGUUUGAGAACGCAACGGUCAGUUGCAAAUUUACAAAGCCGGCCACUAAGAACCAGUAACCGCAACACACUUCGCAGCAAACCUUCACUAUCAAUUAUGAAGCUUGACAACGUUUAUUCCGAAAACUCUCACGAAUCAGACUCUUCGGAAACCCUGAUAUCAUCAAGUACCUCGGAGACAGGUAGUGAAGACUCUGGAGACACACUUUUCACAGUUGGCGGACCACAAUUCGAUAAACUUUUCACCGAAGAAGAGAAGACUGCAAUAUAUGAACAGAGCAAGAUGGCAGUUAGAAUCAGAAUUGACCGCGAAAGAACUUCUUUAACCAAAUCUCAUGCAUAA